AUGAAAGCGGUUGUACUAGCCCUGACUCUGGCCUUCGUGGCUGGACAAAUGGUUGAUUUAGUUCCUGAAUUUGCUACCGGUAAGACCUACGUGUACAAGUAUGAAGCAUUACUCCUCAGCGGUCUUCCUGAGGAAGGUUUGGCAAGAGCUGGACUGAAAAUCAGCUCCAAACUUCUCAUCAGCCAAGCUGACCAAAAUAAUUUAAUGCUGAAGCUUAAGGAUCCUGAGUUCUUUGAGUACAAUGGCAUUUGGCCAAACGACUCGGCAAUCCCAGCAAGCAAGUUGAUGGCAGCCCUGGCACCUCAGUUUACGAUCCCCAUCAAGUUUGAAUACACCAAUGGUGUUGUUGGUAAAAUCUUUGCUCCCCAAGGGGUAUCGACUGUGGUGCUGAACAUCCACAGAGGCAUUCUGAAUAUUCUCCAGCUGAACAUCAAGAAGACCCACAAAGUCUUUGACUUGCAGGAGGUUGGAUCUCAGGGUGUGUGCAAGACCCUCUACUCCAUCAGUGAAGAUGAACGAAUUGAGAACAUCCUACUGACCAAGACCAGGGACCUGAACAACUGCCAGGAAAGAAUCAUUAAGGACAUGGGAUUGGCAUACACUGAGAAGUGUGAAAGGUGCCAGGAGGAAACCAUAAACCUGAGAGGUAGCACAACAUUCAGCUACAACUUGAAACCACUCGCUAGUGCCGUCAUGAUCCAGAAAGCGGAAGUUAAUGAGCUGAUCCAGUUCUUGCCUUUCUCUGAGGAUAAUGGAGCUACUCAAAUGAGAACCAGGCAGUCCUUUGAGUUCCUUGAAAUUCAGAAAGACCCCAUUACACCCAUCAACGCUCCGUAUAGUCACCGUGGAUCUAUCACGUACGAGUUCUCCAAUGAACUUCUUCAGACACCCAUUAAGCUUGUCAAGAUCAGCAAUGCGAAGGCCCAGACUGCAGAGGUCAUGAAUCAGCUUGCCACCAUAAACGUGGAGAAUCUUCAUGAAAAUGCACCUAUGAAGUUCUUGGAACUGGUACAACUCCUCCGUCUUGCCCGCUUCGAAGAUUUGGAAAUGUACUGGAACCAGUACAAAAAGAUGUCGCCUCACAGACACUGGUUCUUGGAUACCAUCCCAGUUGCUGGCACUCCCGCCGCUUUUAGAUUUAUCAAAGAGAAGUUCAUGGCUGAGGAAAUGAGCAUUGCUGAAGCAGCUCAAGCUUUGGUUGCAGCUGUGCACAUGGUGACUGCUGACCCCGACGUUAUCAAGCUGUUCGAGGACCUGUUAGCGAACGACAAAGUAGAGAAAAAUCCACUUUUGCGUGAGGUUGUCUUCCUUGGAUAUGGUACAAUGGUUUACAAAUACUGUAAUGAGAAAGCACUCUGUCCAGCUGAACUUUUAAAGCCUAUUCAAGAUCGACUUUCAAAUGCUGUUGCCAGGAAUGAGGAAGACAACAUCAUCCUGUUCGUAAAGGUUUUGGGAAAUGCUGGACAUCCAUCUAGCUUCAAGUCUCUCUCUAAGAUCAUGCCGGUCCAUGGCACUGUUGGUGCAUCUCUGCCAAUGACAGUUCAUGUUGAAGCCAUCAUGGCUUUGAGAAACAUUGCAAAGAAGGAGCCCAGACUGGUCCAGGACCUGGCUCUCCAGUUCUACAUGGACAAGGCUCUCCACCCAAAGCUCCGUAUGCUUUCCUGCAUUGUUCUCUUUGAGACAAGACCUUCCAUCGGUUUGGUGAGCAUUGUUGUCAACUCUGUGAAAAGAGAGGAGAAAUUGCAGGUGGCCAGCUUCACUUACUCUCACAUGAAGUCCCUGAGUAGGAACCAUGCAACCGUCCAUUCUGAUGUUGCCGCUGCUUGCAACAUUGCCAUGAAACUGCUGAGCCCAAAGCUGGACAGACUGGGCCUGCGUUAUAGCAAAGCUGUUCAUGUGGACAUCUACAACAGGUCCUUGAUGCUUGGUGCUGCUGCAACUGCCUUUUACAUCAAUGAUGCUGCAAAUAUUUUUCCAAACACUGCUGUUGCAAAGACCAGAGCCUUCCUCGCUGGAGCAACUGCAGAGGCCCUGGAGAUCGGAGCCUCAAUUGAUGGACUGCAGGAGAUGCUUUUGAAAAACCCUUCUCUCACUGAAAACACUGACAGGAUCACCAAAAUGAAACGUGUCAUAAAGGCUCUAUCAGAAUGGAGAUCCCUGCCCGGAGACAAACCUCUGGCUUCUAUCUAUGUCAAGCUCUUUGGACAGGAGGUUGCCUUUGCUAAGAUUGACAAACCCAUGAUCGAGCAGGCUGUUGAGUAUGCCAAGAACGUACCCGUUCAGGAAUUUGGAAAAGAGAUUCUUAAGGCUCUACUCAUAUCUGGCACCAACUUCAAGUAUGCUAAGCCUGUGCUGGCUGCUGAGGUGAGACGCAUUCUUCCAACUGUCGCUGGUCUCCCGAUGGAGCUUGGUCUCUUCACUGCUGCUGUGGCUGCAGGUUCUGUUAAAAUCCGGCCAAACACAUCGCCACGCCUGCCAGAAGAUUUCCCCCUCAACAAGCUCCUGGAGACAGACAUUCAGCUCGAGGCUGAGGUCAGACCAGCUGUUUCCAUGAACACAUUUGCAGUUAUGGGACUCAACACUGACGUUUUCCAAGCUUUUGUGAUAGCAAACGCCAAGGUCCACUCUGUUAUGCCAGCCAAAAUUGCUGCAAGACUCAACAUCAAAGAAGGCGACUUUAAGCUUGAAGCUCUUCCAGUUGAAGCGCCUGAAAACAUCACAUUUGUGAAUGUGACAACUUUUGCAGGGUCAAGAAAUAUCGAGGAACUUCCUAGAGAGAAAACUACCUACCUCUUCCCUACCAAAGAGUUGCCCUCAACCCCAGCCAAAUCAUCCGCGCGAGCUUCCUAUGCUGACAGCCUGCUGUCAUCCUCUGAGCUCCUUCCAGAGGAAGCAAAAUAUGUCAAGUCCAUUCGUCAACAUAAGAGUCGAGCAUUUGCCAAGAGGUACUGCGCUAAGUACAGAGGUGUUGGACUGAGCGCCUGUUUCAGGUUUGCUAGUGAAAAUGCUGCCUACUUCCGAGAUGGUCUCUUGUACAAAAUGGCUGGCCGCCACAACUUUGCUUUCUCUGUGAGACCAAUUGAAGGUGAAGUUGUUGAGAGACUGGAAAUGGAGAUUAAAGUCGGGCCAAAUGCUGCAGAGAAGCUUAAGCGCAUCAACCUGAACGAAGAGGAAAUCACAGAGGAAGGAGGACCAGUCCUGAUGAAGCUCAACAAAAUCCUGUCUUCAAGAAGGAACAGCUCAUUUUCCUCCUCUAGCUCAAGCAGCUCUUCGUCUCGUUCCUCUAAGACCUCCUCCAGCUCUUCAUCUCACAGCAGCAGCAGCAGCAGCAGUAGCAGCAGCAGCAGCAGCAGCAGGAAAAGCAGGAAUGGCAGAUCAAGAGACAGCAGAAGGUCAGAUAGGACCAGCUCUGCAUCAAGCCUCGCAUCUCUCUUCAGCGGCAGGUCAAGCUCUUCUCGCUCCGGUGCCUCUCGCUCUAGGCAAGUGACUGAGAAGUUCCUGAGGACACACAAAAAGGAUUCUCCCUCCAAAUCAGAUUCCAGAAGCACUUCCUCCAGCUAUGAGGCCAUCUAUAAUCAGAAAAAAUUCCUCCGUGAAGAGGAAGCUGUUGUGGCAAUGGUGUUCCGUGCUAUCAAAGCUGACAAGAGGAUGUUGGAAUACCAACUUGCUGUCUACCUUGACAAACCAAAUGCCAGACUUCAGAUCAUCAUCUCCAGCCUGGAUUCUGAUAACUGGAGGUUCUUUGCUGAUGGAGUUGUGUUGAGCAAGCACAAAGUUACAACUAGAAUUUCCUGGGGCGAACAACGCAAGAGAUAUAGCCUUAAUGCUACAGCAGAGACUGGUCUUGUGUCUUCAAACCCUGCAGCUCGCCUCAGAGUGUCCUGGCAAAGACUGCCUUCUGCCGUGAAACGUUAUGGAAAGUUGCUCAACAAAUAUGUCCGUUCUAAAGUACUGCGAGACUUGAUUCACACAAGGAAAGUAAACGGCACCAGGAAACUCUCAGUCAUUGCAGUUGCAACUUCUUACAGGAGAGUUGAGUUCACUGUGAAAACUCCAAUGAAAUCUGUCUACAAUGUCAUUGUGCACCUUCCGUUGUAUAUGCCCAUUGAAGAAAUCAAAGGUCUCAGCCCAUUUGAGGAAGUCAUUGACAAGAUCCACUUCAUGGUUUCGAAGGCUGGCGCAGCUGAAUGCAGACUUGUUGAAGACACACUUUACACAUUCAACAACAGGAGCUUCAAGAUCAAGAUGCCUUCCUCUUGCUACCAGGUUGUCGCACAGGACUGCACUGAUGAACUGAAGUUUAUGGUUCUCCUGAGAAAAGAUUCUACAGAGCAACACCAUAUCAAUGUCAAAAUUUCUGAGAUUGACAUCGACAUGUAUCCAAGGGACAACAACAUUGUGUUAAAGGUUAACGAAAUGGAAAUUCCCCCCACCAGCCUGCCUUACCGCCACCCAACAGCUUCCAUUGAUAUCAGACAGAGUGAAGAGGGCCUUGUUGUAUUUGGACCUAAACAUGGUCUCCAAGAAGUCUACUUUGACAGAAAGACAUGGAGGAUCCAAAUUGCUGACUGGAUGAGAGGAAAGACCUGUGGACUUUGUGGAAAGGCUGAUGGAGAAAUCAGACAGGAGUACCACACUCCCAACGGACGCGUGGCUAAGAAUUCAGUCAGCUUUGCUCACUCCUGGAUUUUACCCGUUGAAAGCUGCAGGGAUGUAUCUGAGUGCCGUCUGAAGCUUGAAUCUGUGCAACUGGAAAAACAAUUGACCAUUCAUGGUGAGGACUCCACAUGCUCCUCUGUUGAGCCUGUACCUCGCUGUCUGCCUGGAUGCAUGCCAAUUAAGACCACCGCCGUCACUGUUGGUUUCAACUGUUGGUCAUCUGAUCCUGAGAGCAAUGUCUAUGACAGAAGUGUGGACAUGAGAAAGACUACCGAAGCUCACCUGGCGUGCAACUGCAUCGCCCAGUGCUCUUAACUACUUUUUCUUUAAGUCACUUCGUGUAAAUUUUUUCUGUAACAAUAAAUAAACUGCAUCUUAAAAUUCA